AUGGCACAAAAUAAGGCAUCGACAGACGAUGAUACCGUCCCGGGCACGGAGAUUAUGUGUGACUGGGAAGAACCUUCAAAUGACCCAAACGACCCAUUAAAUUGGUCAAAAACAUGGAAGUAUAUAAUUAUCACCACCCAAUUCCUAUUCCUGUUCGUUGCUGUUGAAUCAGCUCUCUCGAUGGGUCCAAUGUUUCCAUUGUUUGCGGCCGAGUUCAAUCUUAAUGAUACCCAACUAAGCCUCCUAUCGGGUGCCUGUGUGCUAGCACUCGGUUACUCGAACUUUAUCAUCGUUCCUUUCUCGAACAUAUUUGGACGACGUCUGACAAGUUUGAUAUUCUGUGCAUUGGGAAUAGGGUCGUGUAUCUGGCAGGCCCUUGCGACGUCCCAUUCAAGCUUACUUGGUGCUCGUGUGGUCAAUGGCGUUGCCACUGCAACAAGUGAAACUAUAUUGGUCCAGGUAAUUGCCGAUAUGCUUUUUCUACACGAGCGAGGGCUGUGGACUGGUGUAUAUUUCACUGGGUAUUUUAUGGGGUUGUUUAUCGGGCCAGUGAUUGCCGGGAAUAUUGCAGAAAGAUUCGGCUGGCGCAGCUUUUUCUGGCUUUCGUUGGCCAUGUCUUGUUUCAAUUUUCUGACGCUGCUCAUCUUUUUCCCAGAAACCAAAUUUCACCGCCGAAAUAUUGACGAAACCAGAAGUUUGGAGCUUGAUAGUACCCAGCCUUCAAUUACAUUGGAUAAGGAUAGGACGGGCCAUUUAGAAAACCUCGAGCCUGCCUUGGUGACGGUGGGCACUGGUCGGCCUUCCAAAUCUCAGUUCCGGUUGUGGCAAGGGCUCGAAAAACACUGGAAGCAGUUUAUCGUCCGCGACAUUAUCUCACCUUUCAAAUUCUUCUUUUUUCCAAUAAUAUUUUGGGCGGGCCUGAACGUGGCAGGGCCUGCCAACCUUCUUCUUUACUGGAACCUGACGGAGUCCGCAUUUUUCAGUGCCCCGCCAUAUAACUUCACCCCGGCAGGAGUUGGUUACACCAAUUUCGCGUUCGCCAUCGGAGGUCUUGUUGGGCUUGCUACUGCAGGGCCUUUCUCCGACUGGGUAGCCAUGAAAGCCACCAGACGCAACAACGGCAUUCGCGAGGCCGAAAUGCGAUUACCGGCCCUGAUACCCUACUUUAUCACGACUGUUAUUGGCAUUGUCAUUGGUGGUCUCGGAUAUCAGAAUUUGUGGGAAUGGCCCAUAAUCUUGGUAGUCGGCUUCGGAUUGAGUGGCCUCUGUGUUACAGCGGUGCCGACUAUUGUCAUCGCUUAUGCGGUCGACUGCUACAAGCCUAUAUCAGGUGAAAUUAUGGUCGUUGCCACCGUGAUUAAGAAUACCUGUGGGUUUGUUAUGAGCUAUUGGGUAUCUACAUUGGCGGAAAAGAAGGGAUUCAUUACCCCCACAAUGGUUGAAUUUUCCUUAACGAUUGGACCGAUGCUAUUGGGCAUCCCUAUCUAUUUCUUCGGCAAGAAACUUCGCAAAUUGAGUCAAAAUUCGUUUAUGAAUCCAGAAGGCGAAUGA